CCCUCCAGACAGGACGGUGCGUUCAUAGAUGAGCUCGGUGCACGCGCAAUUUACUCUCUGGUACCAAUUCGGAAUUGUGAAUUGCGCAGCGUUGGUUGUUGAUCUUGUAGAAGUGAGAAAUUCGAGAUAGCGGUGAUGUCGAUGAGUCGUGAGCUCAAAGAAAUGAGAGCGGCAUCGGAAGGAUUCGAGAAUGGGAUCGGUCCACGCCAGGAAGCUGCCGGGAAUCACUAGGCUUGCAAGAGUUCUGAGGAAGGUAGUGAGAUCGAUGGAUAUUCGGAUUUGGUUCGACUCACGGUAACGUCGAAUUGGAUGCGAAACAACCGGAGUACGAAUCGAUGUCACAUGAAUUCCAUGAGCACGACCGUGCGAAACUCGAAGAUUUAGCGAUCCAGUCGCGGCUGUCAGAGUGAUCCAAAUAUAUGGGACAGAUCACGGACGCGGUUGACGGAAGAGUCGACUACCGUGGUGAUGACCAUGAGCAGGAGGAGGGGGAUGACGAUUCAGAGCGGGAAGCUUCUAGUGUGGACUCUCGCGAUUCUGUCCUGCGUGCAAAACACCGUCGUGUCGUUUGCAAAUCUUCCUGAUUCAACAACUUGCGUGACGGAACGCUGCUAUGGGAGACAUCUGACCUGCCCUUCGGAGUGUCCGAGAAGAGCGAGUGCAGCCCCGGGCUCCAAUUCGUGUCACAUCGACUGUUCGACGCAAUGCGAGGCCGUGUGCAAGCAGCGGAAGCCCGAUUGCGACGGGCUCGGGGCGGUGUGCGACGAUCCACGGUUUGUGGGCGGAGACGGGGUGAUGUUCUACUUCCAUGGCCAGAAGGAUGAGGACUUCUGCAUCGUGACGGAUCACAGGCUGCACAUCAACGCGCAUUUCAUCGGCAAAAGGCCCGCCGGGAGGCCGCGCGACUACACGUGGGUCCAGAGCCUGGGCAUUCUCUUCGACUGUCACCGGCUUACCGUGGCAGCCACGAAGGUGGCCAGCUGGGACGACAGCGCGGACCAUCUGGACAUCCGGUUCGACGGGGCCGAGAUCUACCUGCCGCAGAUCGAGGGCGCCAUGUGGGCCUCGGCCUCGGCCGAGGUCGUGGUGGAGCGCCUGGCCACCUACAACGCCGUCCACGUGGUCAUCGAGAACCUGCUGGCGGUGAGCUUGAGCGUGGUGCCCAUCACCGAGCACGAGAGCCAGGCGCACAAUUACCAGAUCACCGAGGACGAUUGCUUUGCGCAUCUGCAGAUGCAAUUCUUCUUUCUCGAGCUUUCUAGCUCUGUGGACGGCGUGCUGGGCCGCACCUAUCAGUUGGGCUACAAGACUCCCGUGAAGCGCGAUGUGCCCAUGCCCGUCAUCGGCGACGCGGCCAAGUAUGUCAGCUCGUCUCUUCUGUCUGCCGAUUGCGCCGUGAAUCAGUUUUGGCCCGUGUCUCUAGUCGCUGACGACCCCGAGCUCGGACGACCUUUGGAAGCAGAACCCUUCGAGCAUUUCGAUGUGAAAUGCCAGAGUUCUGGCACCGAAUAUGACGGCAUGUUGUGCACGAGGUAGACGAUUGGAGUUUUGAGAUACAGACAGGCGAAACGAGCGUUGUUUCAUCCUCAAUCUUGUUCAUGACACAUUGGAUCGAUUGCAGUCCCUUGCAAGUUUCUCGCCUCCAAACCAUAAUGCAGCGAGAAUGUCCCCGAUCCGUCGGCAAUAAAGUCGAGAUGAGAUACAGGAGGCAAUCACAGUAUCAGAGAAUAUCGCACGUACAAUUUUCGACUAGUGCGUUUGGGUGGCAGCAGUCUAAUUUCAUCAUACGAUGAUCUUGAUGUGCCUGUCCAUGUGGACAGCUUGUGAUAAUUUCUGUGACACUACGUUUUACAAAACUGGUGUCAUUCGACCAAAGAGUGUACAAUUCAUGUCUGUAGACAUGCGAAGCCGAGGAAAACUAUCAGAGUUUCUAUCGACGUGCAAUGAAGCGAAACCUGGAGUCCGAUUUUGGCACCAUGGAACCAACCGAUACUAGUACUUGAUUCGUGUUUUGAUAUGCAAUAUUGAUAGCUCGUUGAACUGUCGACUCACAAGCUCACUUCGUUGAAAUAUUGCUUGCAUCCAAACUCUUCUGUGGCGCAUCGUGCCAGUCACUCGACGUUUAGGUGAAGAAUUGAUCCUGUAAUCAGCAGUAUGUCUUGAUUGCCAUAAAGGUUCAUCGCCCUUUCAAGAACAUAUCUCUUCUUGAAUUUGAGUUUCUCCAAAAUGAGAAACUCAAAUUCAAGAUGCUCACUGUGGACUUUCAUGACCUCUAGAUUACAACUAACAGUAGAACUACCUUUCUUACGAUAAUUCAGAAUUAUAAACUUUCAUAAACAGAAAUCCUACAGAUAAAUAAAUAGCCCUUGAUUUGAAAGGACCAAUU